AUGGGAAUCCUAUUCACCAAGAUAUGGAGGCUUUUCAGCAACCAGGAGCACAAAGUGAUUAUCGUGGGACUGGAUAAUGCUGGAAAAACAACAAUAUUAUAUCAGUUUUCCAUGAACGAGGUGGUGCACACGUCCCCAACAAUAGGGAGCAAUGUGGAAGAAAUUGUUGUGAACAACACUCGCUUUUUGAUGUGGGAUAUCGGAGGACAGGAAUCUCUCCGAUCUUCAUGGAACACCUAUUACACAAACACUGAGUUUGUAAUCAUUGUUGUGGACAGCACGGAUAGAGAACGCAUUUCAGUGACCAGAGAGGAACUGUAUAAAAUGUUAUCUCAUGAGGACCUGAAGAAGGCGGGGCUGCUGGUCUUUGCAAACAAGCAAGAUGUGAAGGAAUGUAUGAGCGUAGCAGAGAUUUCACAAUACUUGAAGUUAACGUCAGUGAAAGACCAUCAGUGGCACAUACAGGCUUGCUGUGCUCUCACUGGGGAAGGCCUUUGUCAAGGACUCGAGUGGAUGAUGUCAAGACUAAAAUCUAGAUGA